AUGGCGGUUGUCGUCAGGAUGGGUGUCAGGAUGCAAAAACUUUUCCCCAACUUAUGCCAUCACAAAAAAAAACAAUGGCCCCUAGGCCUUAAGUGGUCAAGGGGUGCCAAGAGGCCCUGGGAAGUAAGCAAUAGCGGAGGGAUGUUUAGAAAAAUUCAGAAUGGCCCCUCUAUGGUACUUAGAUUUGGAACGCUCAAUGUUGGAUCACUGACUGGCCGCAGCAUGGAAAUCGCAGAAAUGAUCGAAUGUAGAAGGCACUGCCUUCAGGAAACCCGAUGGAAAUCGAAUGGUGUCUGUCAUAUCAACUCAGACAAAAAAAAAUAUAAACUAUUCUGGAAUGGUCAAAAGACGGCCAAAAAUGGUGUUGCAAUUUUUGUCAGAAAACCGCUAGCCCAAGAACCGAUCUCAAAUGGCUACGUUGGAGAGAAAACAGAUGGUUUUGACAACGUACAUGGUGGUUUUGGCUAUGGAAAACGGAAUGAAGAUGGCAACCGCAUCCUUGAGUUUGCUGAAAGUCACGGGUUUUGUUUACUGAACACAUAUUUUAGAAAGAGGCUAUUCAAAAACGUCAAAGUUAUACCUGGCGAACCAUCCUUGAAUUUGCUGAACACAUAUAUUAGAAAGAGACUUGAUCCUGAUUAUUUCUGA